UUGGCAACAGCGACAGGGAAAAGCAGGGAGGGACUGUCCUAGAUAUAACACAGACAUUGGCAAGUCAAAGAGAGAAACACAUCCAGGAGAAAGUGGGAUAGCGGGGAAGAGAAGCAGACAGCUGAGGAAGCAGCCAGGGGGGAAAAAAAGAGGAGGGGGCAGACACAAGGACACAGACAUGAAGACAGAGGAAAUUGUUGCAGAGGCAAGUGGAGAAAUUUUUAAAGCAAGGGCAGAUGAGAAGAAAGAGGGAAAAGAACAAUAAAGAAGUCGUCGCACCAUCUGCUCCCACAGAGAGAAACAUGUUAGCCAUUCAGACGACAGCAGGGAGGCAGCCAGCGAUCUGCAGUGAGAUACAAACAAACCCCUCCUGAAUGCACCUCAGGGAGCUGCACUGCAUUUACAGUCAUUACAGUGGCAGUAAUCAAUGGACUUGGCAAUGCGACAGCUGCAAGAGUAACAACGCAGGAGCAGUGAAGCCAAACCUCCUUCUGCUUUCUCCGUCUGCUCGUGCACUUGUGUUUACUCCACUUCAGCUCUGCCUCUGCUUUUCUCUGUCUCUCAUCAUCGCAUUGACCUUCUCUUUGACUCAGGCAGUCAGAAUGAAGAGCCUGCAGAUUAAACACAUGAGACUUUCGUUUAAGAGAGCAGAGUAAACCAUGCCAAGAUUUGACCAGCAGGCGAUGUCUCUGUCUGGAGAAACAACCACUGUUAUUUGUGUUUUGUAAAAUAUUUGUAGCAUACUGAACACUGGUACUGUACUAUUUUUUUUAUUCCUGACAAGCUGGAUUUGUGAGAACAAAAGAUGCACACUCCAGCCUCCAUGGUGAUGGGGAUCGUUUUUGCCCCCUUGGGUUUGGUCCUAGUCUUCACUGCUGCCAUCACCCCCCAGUGGAGAGAGGGACAGGCACAUUUGGGAAUGGCAGGACCGGGAAGUCUGCUCCGGUCAGGAACAAAAAGUCAUGGGACCAGGUCCAGUUCAGUGGAGGCACUGAUCUUGUUGCGCUCUGAUGGACUAUGGGAGAGCUGCCUGCAGGUGGAGCGCUCUGACUUGAGGCAGUGCUGGCCUGUGGCUGGUCCGUAUCAGAGAGACCCCAGGGUUCGUCUGGCACAGGGUUUGGUGCUAACCUCAUUGUUCCUGUGCGGCACUGGCAUUGUCCUGGCUUGCAUCGGGGUCCGGUGCUGGGCAGAUCUCCCUCUAAGAGGUGUAGCAGCCUCAGGAGGACUUCUGGUGGUGACAGCAGGGCUGCUGAGCCUGACUGCGUUAGGGGUUUACACCCACAACCUUAAAAGACUCGGGAUGGAUCCAAGUCAAAGGAUUCAUAACCCACGGUACCCACACCUCAACUUGCAUCCAGCUGGCUCGCUUUACUUUGGGUGGCUGGGUUCGUGUCUACAGGUGUUGGGAGGCGCCGCUUUGCUUUUCAGUUUCAAACGACCACGAUGCCCAACCUGCCCAUCUAGGCAUGAGCUGUCUGUGUCUCCCUGCCACUCAUGUCCAGAAAUGACCAACAAGCCUGACAUGGAUGUAUAUGAAGUUAGUUGUUAGAAGCUUGUCCAACAUUUUAAACUUUAAGAAAGCGUGGACAGAAAAGAGAAAAAAAAUAGCAUUAAGGGCACUUUCUAAACCCAUUUUUAUCUUUUCAGUGUGUAGCUUAUGUAAUGAAAAGUCAUAAAUUCAUAAAUGACUGUGGACUACCAGACAUUGCUGCUUAGUAAUGAACUGUCAUGCAGGUUUAAACAUAAUGGAUGUAGCUCUCCUUUAACACAGGAACAAACAUGAUCUGGGGGUGUAAAUAAAAACAAAUGGAUGAAUGUCACGUUAGAAAAAGAUUCAACAUCACGCUGCCUUUAAAUGCAACAUGUGGUGAAAUACGAUUGAAGUAUUGCUUUGUGUUGCCUUUACGUUGUAGCCAUGCAUUUGUACUGUUAAGAAGAAAAUUGUCUGAACAGAACUGUGAAUCAUAGAUGAUGCCAGCAGAAGCCUAAAAAAAUAGCUUAAAUUCUUAAGGUCAUCACACUCGGUUUCAUCUGUAUUAAGCUGGUUGUUAACAGAAAAAAAAAGCUUUACAUUUAUAUGUGAUAUCCUGUUUUGUUGAUGAAUUUGCUGCUCUUGAGCACAGGAGGAGCUUUCACUGGGUAACAUUAUAUUUCUGGAAUAAGAUGAGCACUAUGAAUAUUAAAGAAGGCGUCACAGGAGGAUAUACAAAAGGGUAUUUUCUAUUCCUUGCAAAUGACUGGUUUGUGUUGUCAUUUUGUGCUCAUAUUUGUUGCACUAAAU